AGUCUAUCAAAAUGGCUUCGUUAUCGAGCUUAUUACCUGCUCCUACACAGCAGGUAUGGGAUCGUGAUGAUGAGAUAAAAGCUAAACGUGUUGGCAGUGCAUUAGUAGUUUCACAAAGUAGCGUACCACCUUAUGGUCAGAGGAAAGGAUGGGUGCCAAGAGCAGAAGAGGAUUUUGGAGAUGGGGGAGCCUUUCCCGAGAUCCAUGUUGCACAGUAUCCCUUGGGAAUGGGAGCUCGAGGCAAAGAGAGUACCUCAAAUGCACUUGCAGUACAACUUGACGAGGCAGGACGUGUAAAGUAUUCUGCAAUAGCAAGACAAGGACACAGUGCUGAUAAGAUAAUUUACUCCAAGCUCACUGAUCUACUUCCAUCUGAAGUAUUGGCUGAAGAUGAUCCAUCACUACAGAAACCAGAUGAGGAUGAAAUUCAGGAUAUCACAGAGAAGACCAAGUUGGCAUUAGAGAAACUGACAAAUGCUAAAAUAUCAGCUGCUAUGCCAGUAAAAGCUGCACCAAAAGCUGCGCCCGCUCAAUACAUCAGAUACACUCCGGCACAACAAGGUGGUUCUUUCAACUCGGGUGCCAAACAAAGAGUAAUCAGGAUGGUGGAGGCCCAGGUGGAUCCUAUGGAGCCCCCUCGGUUCCAGAUCAAUAAGAAGAUCCCUCGCGCGGCGCCCUCACCCCCCGCUCCCGUGUUACACUCGCCUCCACGAAGGGUCUCUGUCAAACAACAACGAGACUGGAAAGUGCCCCCAUGUGUGUCACACUGGAAGAAUGCUAAAGGUUAUACUAUACCUCUUGACAAGCGUCUGGCUGCUGAUGGACGCGGUCUCCAACAAGUUCAUAUCAAUGAGAACUUCUCCAAAUUAGCAGAAGCUCUCUAUAUAGCCGAUAGGAAAGCGAGAGAAGCAGUAGAAGCUAGAGCACAACUCGAGAGAAGACUUGCACAAAGGGAGAAGGAGAAGAAAGAAGAACAUUUAAGAAUGUUGGCGCAGAGAGCUAGAGAUCACAGGGCGGGUAUACGAGCUCCGGAUGAGGAACAAGAACAGGCUGAGCCCGAUGAGUCUGGUUUGACCGCGGCAGAGAGAGACAAGCUGCGAGCGGAGAGGCAUAAAGAAAGACAGAGAGAGAGGAAUCUGGCUAGGGCUGCUCCAGACAAGAGGUCGAAGCUGGUGAAAGACAGAGAACGCGAUAUAUCUGAACAGAUAGCUCUCGGUCUGCCCGCCAAGAGUCAGGGCGGUGAAAGUAUGUUCGACCAGAGACUGUUCAAUAACUCGAAGGGAAUGGACAGCGGUUAUGGAGACGAUGAAGCAUACAACGUGUACGAUAAGCCGUGGCGUAAUCAGGACAACGUCGGCUCUCAUAUAUACCGCCCCUCCAGGAACGCUGACAAAGACAACUAUGGUGACUUAGACGCCAUCGCUAAUACACGAAGAUUCGUUGCGGACAAGGAAUUCGCUGGCACAAGCAGUUCAAAUACACGAAGCGGACCCGUACAGUUUGAGAAGGAUGCACCGUCCACCAGGGAAGAGCCGAGUGCAGGCGUCAGCAGUAAACAGACGAGCAGCGGCGGUGGUGAGGCGGACUUCGAUCCGUUCGGUCUGGAUCGGUUCUUGAGCGAGGCCAAGCGUGGAGACCGCAACAGGAAACGGGACCAUCAUGAUACCCAUCACUCGCACAACAAGAAGCGACGAGAUUAGAAUCAAACAUGAUAUGGCUGAUGUUGAAAGCAGAUGCUGCCUUAUAUGUAGAUAAAACUAAUCGUUAGUGAUAAAUUUGUUCAAUUUAUUACCUCGAUCUUGGACAUUGUAGUCAAACUUGAUGGCUUGGUUUUUUAAUUAUAGUAAUAAAAUUAUGUUAAGUG